AUUAUCAAUUCCCUGCGAAUUAAAAUACAAAUAAUGGAAGCUCCUCUAGUCACAUCUAAGAUGGCCACUUUUGCUCUUAAAGCCAGCGUUAUGAAAUUUGGGUUCCUCCAAAAGUUCUCUUUGGCUAUCUACAUCAAAGGAGCCAAGUUUUCAUUCCUUCUUCUAGGAGGCAUGAUGUACAAGUCAUCUAUGACGUCUUUUCUUAUCAAUAAGGUGCCUGCCAUACCAGAUAGUAUUCAUGCCAAAAUGGAGGCUGCCAAAAGCUAUAUCAGACCAGCUGAGAAAAAGAAGACAGCCCUGAACCUUUCAGAAAAUGAAGUUAUUUCUGAGGAAAUCCCAGCCACCACAAAUGACAUGGCCACUUGUGGCCCUGAAUUAAUCAAUAAGAAAGAUCUGGAAGAUUUCACCAGCGAUUUCGCUCAGAGCGAAAUUGAGCCAUCUUCUGCUAGAUCUCAAGACAUCCUUGAGGUAGCCCUCAAUGAGCUGAUUGACAUCAAAGAUGAGGUCAUCAGUGACGCGACCGAAGGGUUCCUAGGAGGCCUUGAAAAAGCAGGUUUAAAAUACCUCGAUUCCACUUUCAGAGAACAAGAUGUCCACAGAAGUCUCAUCAGUCUUAUUAAUGACCUCUUCAAAGCUAGACCAACUAUCGAGGAGUCAAGAGAGUACGGCAUCAGUCUGAUGAAUGGGGUCGUCAAGGACAAGAAAUUUAUCCAGAACACGAAGAAACUAUCCCUAGAUGUUGUGAAACAUGAGAGUGUUAAGCAAGCUAGUAUCAGUUUGAUGAAACACUGAGUUAAUCAUACUACCGCCCAGCACUAUGCUAAAGUCUUGCUAACUGAUGCUGUGAUUAAAACUCAAGCAUUGGAUGUGAUGAUAUCAUCAAUCACCGAUGCUGUGAUUAAAGCUGUCCAAAAGCCAGAGACCAAUUCCCAUCUUGGAUUAAUGAUGAUAAAGAUUAUAAAGAAUGAAGAAGUUGCCAAUGAGGCCAAAGACUCUUUAAUAUACUCAAAUCUUACUAGGAGAGUGAGUUUUUCCUCAAAUUCAGAUAAAGAAAACUCUUACAAGCUAAGUGAAUCUCUUGAACAAAGAAUUGAUUCUUGGUUCCAAGAGAGGAACACUCUUUAACUCCGAACAUCGCUAAUUUAUCAAUAAAGAACCUUAUUUCAC